AUGGGGUUCUCCCUCUUUGGUUACGAUCAAGGUUUAAUGUCGGGUCUUAUUACUGGAACGCAGUUUAAUGAUGAAUUCCCAGCUACAAAGGGAAGCAGUCACCAUGCUACCGUGAUUCAAGGUGCAGUGACAUCUUGUUAUGAAUUGGGUUGUUUCUUUGGUGCUAUAUUUGUAUUACUUAGAGGUGACAAAUUGGGUAGAAAGCCUCUUGUUAUUAUUGGAUCUUUAAUUAUUAUAUUGGGAACUGUGAUUUCCGUGGCAUCUUUUAGAGAACACUGGGGUUUGGGGCAAUUUGUUAUUGGUAGAGUUAUUACCGGUAUUGGUAAUGGGAUGAAUACUGCCACUAUUCCUGUUUGGCAAUCGGAGAUGUCCAAGGCUGAAAACAGAGGAAGAUUGGUUAAUUUGGAAGGGUCUGUUGUUGCAGUUGGAACUUUUGUUGCCUACUGGCUUGAUUUUGGUUUAUCAUAUGUUGAUUCUUCUGUUCAAUGGAGAUUCCCUGUUGCCUUUCAAAUCUUCUUUGCCAUGAUUGUGUUUGGUUGUAUGACGCAAUUACCCGAAUCACCCAGAUGGUUGAUUGCCAACCACAGAAAGGAAGACGCUAAAUUGGUUUUAAGUGCCUUGAAGGGUGUUGAUGUGAAUGAUCAUGAGAUUGAAUCCGAAGUUUUGGUUAUUUCUGAUGCUGUUCAUCUGUACCAAAAGCAGCAAGUUAGUGUCAGAGAAAUGUUCACUGGAGGUAAGUCUCAACACUUUGGCAGAAUGGUUAUUGGUGCUUCUACUCAAUUUUUUCAACAAUUUACUGGUUGUAAUGCCGCUAUUUAUUAUUCUACUGUUUUAUUUGAAAAUACGAUUGGUUUGGAAAGACGUCUUGCUUUAAUUAUGGGAGGUGUGUUUGCUACAGUAUAUGCACUUUUCACCUUGCCUUCCUUCUUCCUUGUGGAUACUUUAGGUAGAAGAAAGCUUUUCUUAAUAGGUGCUUUUGGUCAAGCUAUCUCAUUUACGAUUACUUUUGCUUGUUUGGUUCAUAAGACUCCAGAAACUGCUAAAGGAGCAGCUGUGGGUAUCUUUUUGUUUAUUUCUUUCUUUGCCUUCACAAUCCUUCCCUUGCCUUGGGUCUACCCUCCUGAAAUCAAUCCUUUGAGAACAAGAACAGUUGCAACUGGUGUAUCUACUUGUACCAACUGGCUUUGUAACUUUGCCGUGGUUAUGUUCACACCUAUCUUUAUUUCGUCAUCAGAUUGGGGAUGUUAUCUCUUUUUCGCAGCCAUGAACUACAUGUGGUUACCGGUGAUUUUCUUCUUCUAUCCUGAAACUGCUGGUAGAACUUUGGAAGAAGUUGAUGUUAUCUUUGCCAAGGCUUAUGUCGAUGGUGUACAACCUUGGAGAGUUGCUAAGAACAUGCCCAAAUUGUCUAACGAUGAAGUUGAAGACUAUGCUAUCCAAUUGGGCUUUUAUGAUGAAGAUGACAAUGAUAAGGGGAACAUGUUGGUUGAUGAUAAACCAGAAGCUUUAGAAAACAGUAGUUCUAAUUCCGGAAGUAAGAAGGAAUCCGUUUGA